CUGAAGUGCUCGUGUGCAAUAACUCAAUUCGCCCUUGUACUCCAUCUAAACAACAAACACAUUUUAAACUUUGGAAAAUGGUCAAGUCUUCCAACUUAGCCCUCUCUAUUCGUAACAUAUUUUAGUUUUGGGAACACAAAACGGUAUUGAGAUCAAAUGUUUCAUGAUGAGAAAAUUUGCUGAAUAUCGGCCAAAUUCCAUCUCCCCCUACUUGGAUUCCUCUCAUCACCUUGGUGUUGAGUGGAAAUGUCAACCGGAUACUUCAGAUUUAUACAUUCGGUGAAACAUCUGGUUUACUGUUCUAUCUGUGUCAAAAUCCAGACCGCUGGCUUGUAUUUUAAUCAGGCAUCGAGAUAGGCGUUCUGUUUUUGGGGGUCCUUGCGUUAGUUCCUGGUCCACGUAUGAGACAGAUCCAAACGCUAAUAUUUACCUAACAAAGAUUUACCAGAUAAUGUGUAAAUGUGACACUAUAGUCGAUCUAUUGAUUAUUCAUCCCGGUCUAUAAAUUGUCUGGGAUAUUUAUUUUAUUUUUAGUUUUGGGCGUCGCUGUUGUUAUACGGAUGCAGAAUGUCUUGGUUGGCUGACCUGGCAGGGAAAGCUGAAGACUUCCUGAAUAAAGUGGAUGCAGGAGCUGCCAGCCUGACCAAACCCCAAGGCCGCACCUCCUCCUUCUCCUCAGCCUACGAUGCUCCUGACUCCACCGAAACCUCUCAGUACAGUAGCACUGGCUACAGCACCAACACAUCAGAGACACAGCAACACCCCUAUGGGAACUCCACCUCCCACAACGCACCAGGAUCUGGUUUCAUUACUGCAGCUGCUGGCAACAUCAAAAAAUCCAAAGGUUCCCUGUUGACUAGCUCAGCCACAGUCUCCACUACCAGCACCCUUCCCCUGGGGUCUUCCAGCACUGCCUCCUCCUCCAGCUCCAUCAAACCCUCCUCCAGCUUUGUGAGGCCCAGUAAGAAGAGUCAGAGUGAGCAAGAUGUAGAUGAUGACCUGUUGUUUGACUUCCUUAACAGCUCAGACCCUCCGGCAGCCAACGAGAGGCGGGAGGUCAGACCAAGAGAUCCUCUCAGAGUAUCUCCUGAAGGAUCAGGCUCCCCACAGCCAGCACCUCCUGUCUCGGCUGCUGCCCCCAUCAUGGUCCCCUCAGCCCCCUCCACGCCCCCCUCCCUACGGGGCAUGUCACGAACCUCCAGCUACAGCUCUCUGUCCACCAGUACUCACAGUGCCAAAACAGGGGGUUCGGAGGAUGGCUCUGCCAAAGAAAGUCAAGACACACCUGAUGGUUCUGACUCUGGGUUGGCUGUCCCCCAGUCUAUCACCUACCUAUCAGAGUCUCCGGCCACAUACGAGGCCCCUCCCCCAGCCCUGGCCCCGCCCCCUAUAGAGGAGCAGCAGAGUCAGAUGAUGUCCAGUCUGCGUUUGGAGAACCAGCUACUGAGGUCAGAGGUCACCUCCCUCAACCAGGAACUGGCAUCCAUCAUCCAGAGAGCCAAAGACACUCAGGAGGAAUUGAACCAGGCACGGUUACGCACAGAGAAGUGGAAUUCGGACCAGUCUCGCACAGACCGCACGGUCAGGGAGCUGCGGUCGCAGGUUGAUGACCUCACAGAGGCCCUCGGUGCUAAGGACGGGCAGUUGGCCGUGCUGAAAGUCAGGCUGGAUGAGGCAGAUCAGUUACUGAAGUCACGGAGCUCUGCUCUGGAGGAGGCACAGACUGAGAGAUCCCGGAUCCUCCAGGACCACACAGAAGGAAGCAGUAUGCAGUCCCAGGCCAUGACGACCAUGCAGGAGAGACUGAGGGAGGCAGACAUGGCUCUACGCAGGGAACAGGAUGGCUAUAGACAGAUGCAGAGUGAGUUUGCGGUGCGGCUAUCCAAGGUGGAGGCUGAGAGGCAGACGCUAGCGGAGGCGGUGACGGGCGCAGAGAGACGGGCUUCGGAUGACAAGCACCGGGUCGACGACCUCCAACAGCAGAUGAGGAGUGCCCGGAACGCAGCCGAGACUGCCAAGCAGGAGUUACAGGACUAUAAAAGCAAAGCGUCCCGCAUACUACAGUCCAAAGAGAAGCUGAUCAGCAGCCUGAAGGAGGGGUCAGGCUUGGAUGGUCUGGAAGGAGGAGGAGCCGGAGUUUUGGAGCUGGAGGAGCUUAGACAUGAGAAGGAGCUGCAGAGAGACGAGAUCCAGAAACUACAGGGACAGAUGCAGACGCUCCGUGCUGAGAUACAGGACUUGGAGGUAGCGGCCCUGACUGAGGCAGAGACGUGGCGAGAGCAGCAGCUGGAGAACCAGGAGCAACAGGCCCGACAGACCAGAGCCAAGCAGGAAGUGGAGGCCGAGGUGGAGCGCUACAAACAGGAGCUACAGUAUGUCGAGGAGGAAAACCACCGUGCCAAGACAACACUGCAGAGUCGCAUCAAGGAUCGGGAAGAUGAGAUACAGAAACUCAGAAACCAGCUGACCAAUAAGGCUCUGAGCAGCAGUAGCCAGGUGGAGCUAGAGAGCAGGUUACACCAGCUGACGGAGACUCUGAUCCAGAAACAGACCAUGUUGGAGUCCCUGGGAACAGAGAAGAGCUCACUGGUCUUUCAGCUAGAGAGGCUGGAGACCCAGCUGAAGAGCGUCCAGGGAGGAGGGCAGACCGGGGGUCCGGCCAUUAACAUGAGCAGCAUGGAGAGCCCAGGAACACGACAGAGGAAUGCACCAAUCCUGUUCAACGACCACGACAGUCCAGGAGUGUAUGGCCAGGUACGCAAGGCAGCCAGCACCAUCGACCGGUUCAGCAUCCGGUUAGGAAUCUUCCUGAGACGCUACCCCAUGGCUCGGGUUUUUGUAAUACUGUAUAUGGCACUACUGCACCUAUGGGUCAUGAUUGUUCUGUUGACCUAUUCUCCAGAGAUGCAUGAGAUCCACGACCAUCCUGCAGGGACAUAGACCUCAAGGCCUGAACGAUGUCAUGAUAGAGCUUUAUGUAUAUGUGUAUAUAUGUGUGUAUGUUGUUUUGAUCUGGGGUAAGGUGAAGAUGCGUUCUCUUUGUCAUCAAAGACUAGCCUGGUGCCAGAUCUGUUUGUGCUGUUCAGACCUGCCUACCAUGCACACAACUUUAGGUCAAAAGUAUGCUGGUAUGGAGGGGGACCUUUAAAAUAACACACAUAGGCUUUUUAAAUCGGCGAAUUGUGGCUUUUGACUCAACCGUCAGAAGUUGGAGCUGAGCUAAUCAGAGGAGGAAAAAUCUUUCUCUCAGCUACAGCCGGUACCCCUAAAGUCACAGUAUUAUCGCUCAGCUAACUAUCGCUCAGCUACAGCCAGUAACCCUAAAGUCACAGAACUCUCUUUCUCUCUCUCAGCUACAGCCGGUACCCCUAAAGUCACAGAACUCUCUCUCUCAGCUACAGCCGGUAACCCUAAAGUCACAGAACUCUCUCUCAGCUACAGCCAGUACCCCUAAAGUCACAGACCAUUUCUCAGGCUGGAUGGCAGGUCUCCGCCACGCCCGUUGAUACCACUGAUGUGUGAGGGGGGAAAAAGGAGAACGAAUUGUUUUGCUUAAUUAAUACAUUUUCCAAAAUUGUGUGUUUAGUCAAGCACAUAACCACUAUUAUUUUGUAGUUAGCUCCUUGGUUAAGGCGUCAUUACGACGAACGUAAGUUAGCUACAACAUUUAUUAAACGAACCGAGAACAUUGUCUUGACUGCACACGUUUUUUGCUCUCAGUAACACGAGAGCGUUGACGAGUGAAGGGAGGGAAAUGUGCGCGUCGUUGCGCGGAUAGGAAACGGUCAUGGCAGAGAGCUCCUCCACCCGGUACCGUCCUUCACAGAAAGUUAUGUUAAGACGUUUUAACGAUUACUAGGCCAAUGUUAAUGGAUCAGUUUUUUUUGUUCUGUCCUCUUGAUUAUAGCUCGAUGUCAACAGUAGGCUGCUAAUGCUGUGGUAAAUCAGUUCACCAAUGACAACGAGGCAUGUUGAAUGAAUGGUAGUCUAGUAGUCAGACCUGAUGGAUGAGAUCAGGGAUAGAGAUCUGGAAACCAGUUGAUGGCUCUAAUUCAGUUGAGGUGGCUCUAAUUCAGUUGAGGUGGCUCUAAUUCAGUUUUAUGUUCCAUAUAGCCGACAGUAAGCUAGACCUUAAUACAUUGCAUCCAAUAAUUGAAUUAUUCAGAAUUCUCCCCAUAACAAAAUGAAAACGCCAGUUUACACUUUCACUAGACUCUAUCCACAUAAAGACAUCGAUUUAAUUAGAAUUUCCCCUAAAUUGAACCUAGAAAAAAAUGUGAACGUGUCAUUGAGACCACCUCAAUUUGAUUUAGGAUCAAACACAAGACUACAUUUUUAUAUAAUAUAAGACUAGGUUUCAAGAAAUGGCAGUUUUAAAGCUUUUUUUUUUAAAUGUUAAAAUAUCGUUAAUGGGGUCUGUGGUGAAGUGAUACCUCAAGGUUGGCAGGUCUGUGUUUUGCCAGCGCCGUUCUCCGUUGGCAUGACAAUGACCAUAGGAAUUGGCUAGAAAGCACACCUAGAUCUGAGACCAAAGGCUAGUUGGGAGUAGGGAUGGAGCAAGCUACUGAUUUAAUGACUCGAUAGGCACAGAACCGACAUGUUAGCUACUCUAUGGGACACGGACUGACUUAGGAUCACUUUUCCCUGUUAUCCACCUCCUAAGGGUUGCACAAUUCUUGUAACUUUACCCAAUAAUUUCAAGGUUUUCCAGACACUCUUUCUGGCGGUUUCCUGCAAUCAGGAGAAUAACCAAGGAGGGAAUCAGGGGAGGGGAGGGGAGGGGAGGGGGGGGGAUCCACUAACUGGAAUCCUCCAACUUGGAUUUCUGGGAAUUUUGGAGAAAGUUACUAGUAUUGUGCAACUCACCCCUGUCUCCCCCCCGUCCCCUGUCUCCCCCCUCGUCCCCUGUCUCCCCCCUCGUCCCCUGUCUCCCCCCUCGUCCCCUGUCUCCCCCUCGUCCCCUGUCUCCCCCUCGUCCCCUGUCUCCCCCACGUCCUACCUACAGAUCCACAGGUCAGUCACAGUAGAACGGUGUUUUUUUAGCUGUUAUUACGCAGUCAGAUGCUGGUGGUUGGUGCAGUGAUGACGGCAUAUUCAUUACAGUUCUAUUAAUUUCUCCUGAUCCCCUUCUCCUGUAUGAUGUAACCCUCCCCGUCUUAAAUCUGUUCGUUUCUAUGGCGGAAAUAAAUCCAUCCACAGUC